AAGCUGUUCAACAAUACUGUUGUACUCUCUGGUAGCCCAGCACUUAACUUCAAGGUGCGCCCGCUGCGUUCUCCCAACCGCACCAUUCUUCGGCUCCCGUCCCUAAUGACUACUCUGUUCCCCCGCCUGCGCUACCACGCUCAAACCGUCGUUCUCUUCACAAUCUCCGACCUGAAAACUAUCUUUUUCCCCAUUUCCGUAUUUGCAUGUGCCACGGCGCCAUUGCACUCCGCGCCACGACUUCUAUGGGGUUUUAUGUGGAUAUGGAUGCAUCAGCUCAUGUGCAACAUCUCGAAUCAGUCUAAGGGCGCGGCGGAGGACGCGAUAAAUAAACCGUGGCGUCCUCUGCCCGCAGGCCGUAUCACAGAGCCCCAAGCCACUGCCCUUCGGUGGAUCUCCGUGGGCUUAUGUGCGUGGUGGUCGGCGAUGUACGGUCCGGACCUUGUACUUCCGACCUUGAUGCUUUUCAUCACGACAUUCCUCUACGACGAGCUCGGCCUUGCGGGCCACUAUAUUGGAAAGAACUUCUGCAACAUCGGAGGCUACACCAGUCUCGAAAUUGGUGCCACGAAGAUUAUGGGUGCUAGCCGGGAGAUAGACUAUAUCUCCACCACUGCAGUGUGCAUAAGUGGCGCCUUAAUAUUCACGACAAUACAGGCACAGGACUUCGCAGAUGUAGAGGGAGAUAAACAGCUUGGACGGGUUACACUCCCCAUAUAUGCCCCGGAGUUCUCUCGCGCAUUCACGCUGGGAGCCCUCAUCGGGUGGUCUAUCUUCCUGAGCUGGUUCUGGCACAUAGGACCCUUAUGUGCCAUCGGAUUCAUUGGCAUGGGCACUUUCGUCGGCCUCCGCUAUUAUACGCGCAGAACUGAAGCAGAAGACCGCGAGUCAUAUGUCUUCUACAAUAUAUGGCUCAUGAUAGUACAUGUGCUACCCCUGAACGCCAGGACCGGGUUCAUUCGAUUUUGAGACGUCGUUUCGUCGAUUCUUCGAAUCAGAGCUGUUUGUUUUCUUGCGCUUCCCGACCUCCUACUCUGCACACAAGAAAAACG